AUGAUUAGAGAAGUGCAAUCUACACAACUUAAAGUAAUGUUAUUUGCAUUUAAUUCAUCUGAAUGCAAUACUGCUAAAUCUCUUCAUUAUUUUAAAACUCCUACUCAACUUACCAUUGUCUGCUAUUAUUGUCAAAAAUUCCAUAUUCUCUUUACUUCUAGCAAUCUUAACAUUCCAUUCAGACAAGCAACCCCUCCUUCUUCUUCUCAAAAAUCCAUAUAUAUAGAUAUUAAUAUUACAUCCAAACAAAUUAAACAACUUAAAAAAAUUAUUCCUCAAUCACCAAUUACAAAAACAACUACCAUUUCUUCAUUACCAUUCUCUUUAAACUAUUCUACAACUCAACAAGAAACUUUAUCUAGUUCAAAACAAACUCCUCAAAUCCAAGCAUAUUCUUAUCACACACAUAUUUGUAUUAUUUGUCAAAAUAAAAACAUCUUAUGUGCUUUCUUAGAAAAUAAUACAUAUUCAUUUCUCGACAAAUCUAUUCUUAUUAUUAAAGAAUUUUUAGCACAUCCUGAAU